CAUCUGUUUCAGAUAUUCUGCGCUUUAAAGGUUCAAGAUGUCCUUGUCUGGCAGCAUAAUACGCUUGAUGACCUUCAAUUGGCCUAGUUCCCGACAGAAGACAGUAACGCUUUUCAGAUUCGCUCAUGCUUUGAGCAAACCGAAGGUAGAACCUUACAUUGAAAACACAUCGACUAUCCAAAGGCUACCUUAUACCGAAGCUCUGAAGGAGAAAGAAAUCCAGAUUGCUGUUUGCGGUCAGUUGUACCACAAGUGGAGGAAGGAGCGAAGGUACUGGUCAGUACCAAAAGGUGAUGUCGAAUUCAAGGUCAAAUAUAUUGACACUGGCCACCAGGAAAGACCUCGCAGUGAGUCACCGAUUGUGGUUGCUCUCCAUGGAUCACCAGGAUCGUAUAAAAAUUUUGAUGCUAUCAUUUCUCAUCUCUACAGACUUGGCGUAAGAGUAAUAUCACCGAUUCUCCCGACACUAGAUGUCAAAAAUCCUACCCGUUUUCGUCAUACUCCUGAAGAGAAAUCGGAAUAUGUAAAAGGUUUUCUCAAAGCACUCCGCGUUCCUAGUGUGGAUCUUUUAAUGUGUCACAGCAGUGGUUUGUUCCCAGGACUCCUGCUGUGUGCAGAAGACAAAGAAAUUCCUGCGAAUUCACUGUGCCUUCUCAACCCUACAACUUUUGACGAACCAAGAGUUAUGAAGCCAUACUGGUUGACACAUUCAUUAAUAAGAAUUUAUGAAUUUCCUGUGGGACAUCAAAUAACUACAUUUCUUGCAAAGCGGAUGAUACAGAAACGUCAGCUGAAGGAAGGGAACUUCGGAGAACACUUCCUUGGCUCUCUUACUAUGUGUCAUUCUUCAGUACCGAAACAAGCCGUACAUUUUAAAAAUCUGCUGGACAGAAAUUUUCCCAUCAUGUUGGCCUUCAGCGAAAAUGAUAAAUUAAUUGCUAAAGCAUCUUCAUAUAGAAUGGCGAAGAUGAUGAUGGACGAAAAUGAUGUACAAAGAUAUGACAAAGAUGGAAAGCUGGAUAGAGCUGGAGGUACAAAUCCUUUCCGAAAAGCAAUAGCUUUUGAAAAUGGGUCUCAUUAUAUCUUCAAGAAGUAUCCUGACAUCAUCUCAGAAGCCAUAGCAACAUUUCUAUUCCAGCAUUUUGAUAAUCACAUGCAUUAAGUUGCAAUAAACUCCGAGAAAGUUCUUCGAAUCUUUUCCAUCAGAAUAUUUGCAGGACACGCUCAACCUACUUCAGUUCUGCAGAACUUUCAGACUUUGUUGAAUGAAGUUGAUCAAUGUUUUCAUUGCUGUCUUGGUAAAAAGUAUACUAAUUUAAAUUUUUUAAGUCUUUUGGUGAUAUUCAUUGUACAUGUUAUCCUAUGUAAUUUAUUUUAUAAUAAUAAUGUCGUAAAGGUAUGGCACCUAUGAUAAAUUUUGAUAGUUGUAAUUUUUGUCAUGGUAAUUAUCUAGAAAUCAAAUUUUUAUAUUAUAUAAAAAAUUUUAGCUUAAAUUCAAAAGGUCUGUGUUUAACUAAAGGCCUGCUUUAAGAAAGAUAUCAUUGUAAAAUAUAUUUGGAACUACUCUAAUAUGUGCCCUCAGGUCGCCAAAUUUCUCGCCAAACAUUUUUGGCGAGAAAAUCCACGCUGCCAUAUUACUAUCUAAAUUUUUUGUUUACAUUUCGAACUUUAAGCCUAAAAUGUCAACAAAAACGCGGUUUUCGCACAUGCAAAAACCACGUUUGAACACAUCAUUUAAGCUAAACAUCUGGAACAUAAACAAAAAAACUUUAGAUAGCAAAAACGUAAAGUUUCUACCAAAAAUAUUUGACAAGAAUCCAUGUAUACAGCGAUAUAUUUAAACUUAAAAAAAAUCUACGAAUUGCACAAUCUAGGCAACGAA